AUGAGGAUAAGUCCAGAGAAGUGCAAAAAGAGACAAGUAAAGUGGAGGGCUGUUUCCAGCAUAGUUUUACUUGCCUUGGCCUAUUGUGGCUAUUCACUGUGCUCUUCUACCAGUAGAAAGGAGAAUAGCAUAGAGGGAGCCCCAGACAAGCCCCGCACUCUGCCGAAAAGCGCGUAUCGAGAGCCAGGCAGAAGAAAAAGCGGGUAUAUACCAGGCAGAAACUCCCCCAUCUGCAGGCAAGUGCCAGAGUGCCCCUCAAAAGCCCCCAAGCCAGCUCCAAGAGCUCUCCAGAGAGUAGAAAAAGCCCAGAGGCCUCGCAGAAGCGCAAAUCCCUCGGCAGCUUCUUGCAGUUUGGCAAACAGCAGAUCAAAGAGUGCGAGCAUACACUCUGGCAUGCUCUAUAGUAGCAUAGAGUUCUUGAAAAAUUCGGUCAAGUCCUGCAUCGCGGCUAGAAGCGCCUCGAAAAGGCCCGGAGUAAAGUAUGCAGUCGCAUCAAUGCAUAGCGAUCUCUCUAAACACGAAAUCCCCAUUGGCGCGCGCAUUUCCGAGGCCUUUGCCUCUUCAGAGCCCGGGGACUUCUUCUCGUUUUUGUCCAAUCUGGGGCCGGGCAUUACCAAGAGGAAAAAGGCCUUGGAGGAAAUUGCCAGAAACCCAGAGAAAUACGAAUACCUGAACAAGAACGGGGGCGACAUACUCGGCAUGACUUCCCAGGCGCUGCAGGCUCUCCAGGAAAACAUGCAGCUAGACAGAUCCGAGCUGUUCGCAGCUCGCUUUUUCCCCCCAAGCGAGAAGCCUCUGCUUUCCAGUGCAAGCCAAAAGCUCGAGGAAAAAAGAGUCAAAGGCAUGGAGGCUCUGAAAAGCUUAAAACUGACCCAGGGCGCGCAGGACCUCUGCUCUGUCCUGCUGUUUUUUUUCAGCGUCCCGGGAGUAUUCAGCGACCUGGUAAAGCUCAAGGACGCGGCGUUUUUCAAGUCCGUAGAGAGCGAGUGCGAAAAGUUUGAAAAUCUAGAGAGACUAAGCGAGUGCGUAUUUCUAUAUAGAAAAAAGGAAACCGGGCCCUGUUGUCUUAUGGCGCAUUUAAGGCAUCUAGCCGAUGCGGCUGAGGCUAUUGUGAGGCUGCACAGAGGGAGGGACGAGGCAAGGCUGAGGAGGGAGUUCAGGGAAAGGCUGGAGCCUCUCAUAAAAUGUGUGGAGGAAAAUGUGCCUACUGUGGAAAAAGCAGUGGCUAAGAACAGUUCUGAUCCCCUUUGCAAGGUGUACAUGCCGAUGUUUCAGAUCUUUUUGGCGUUCUACAAGAUAUGCCCAAGCGUGGUGGGAAGCGUGCAGGUUGAAGGAAAGUCCGUUUUUCUCCCGGACAAGGUGUGUACAAGCCGGUUUAAAGUCAACAGAGGCAGCAAUGUAAUGUACUGCGAAGACGUCGUGGUGGAGCCAAGCCUUGAGUACCGGGGGUUUGCAGGGUCCUCCAGAAAAGGCCAGUUCUCUAUGCAGCAUGUAUACUACGUGGACAACGGGGAAUACCUGCGCAAGCCUGUUAUAAUACCCAAGGGCCCAGCGAAAAUAUUCUGCGUAGAAGUCAUAAGGUACAUCGCAAAGAUGUACAGCAAGCCAGCAGCGAAAAUAUACGCGUUCUCUCUGAACCUCAGCACGCACGCUCUCACGUACAAGGACCCAGUCUUCACUUUGUAUGAGGGCCCCCACAAAAACAGCAAAGAGAUUCUGGUCUUCUACUACAUACCGGAGUUCUUCCCAAAGGACAUGAUCAAAAUGACGGAGUUUAGGCCUGCGAGGGAGACGGACUCAAAAGGCCCGAAAAGGGUUAUUAAUCCUCCGCUGUUUUUGAACAAUUUAACCUUCAAAUCUCUCUCUAAAGACUGCUACACAGUCUGCCAGAAGAAAGCUUCCAGGCGACAGCCCAGAGUUAUCAGCAGCAUCCACAGCAUGCAGAGAGAAGUACCGCACGUGCUGGUGCCAAAAGACCCGGGGAUGCCCGUAUAUCACCCCCAGAACGUCAUUGACCUGGAUUCGCACGACCUCUUAGGCCUGGACAUGAGCUAUGCACUUUCUUCGAUCAAGUCUUCCCCCAAGUCAAGCCAAAGUGGCUUCUAUUUCAUCUCGUACAAAACCCGAAAGGUUGAAUGCAGAAAAAGCUCCUGGAAUGCCGUCUCUACGGGCAAAUGCAUGCACAAAAGACCAAAUCCCACUGCAGGAAAAGAGGCAUCCACGCACAAGGCACACCCGAAUAACGAUCCAAAGGGGAAAAAGCACUAG